AUGCCUACUUUGCUUGGUCUACCUGGCCUUAAUUACAUACAAAUAUUUUUUAGAAAUGGUGACUUAAAUAAGCCGACUGACGGUCUCAGCGGCAGGAUAAGGGCCAUUGAAAAAUGGCAAGAGCUAACAAAUUCUCUCAACUUGGAUACGACAGGGACUUCCAAGCCGGUCGAAAAAUGGAAAAAGGUGUGGAGUGACCUUAAAAAUAAUACGAAGCGGAAAGCUUCGAAAAUCCACCGAGCUGUAGGUGGCACAGGUGGUGGGCCAGCAUCAAAAAUGAUUCUAAUUGACCAGGAGCAGCGGGUCCUUAAUAUAAUUGGACCCCAGGCUGCAACUGGUCUAGUUACAGUCCAGGAAGUUGGUUUAGAGUAUCUAAUUGAAAUUUGGGGAACUUCUGCUAGAACCAACUUAAAAGCUUUACAAAUAAAACGAAACAACAUCAUAAAACUACUUUUCCACUAUAACUAUCUUACUCCAACAGAGAAAGUG